CGAGCGCUUGAGCCGCGACGGUUGGAUCAAUACAUUUCGACGCUUCGACUCUCCCUUUCCUGACUCUCUCGAGGGGCGCCCUUGCAUCGUUCGAUUUCCUGCGUCUCUGCCGGCCAUUUUGCGGAGGGUUUUUGGGCUUAACGCUCUAGGUCAGCCAAUUGAGGCAGCCUGGUUCGUGGCGUCCUUUUUGCCGAAUCAUCAACGUUCGCGGGGUAGGUGUGGUGUAGCUGUGGUGGUGCAGCCGACAUGAGCAAGAUGGAGACCGUCCACGGUCUGGAUGUCAGCUGGAUGACGCACGGGAAUCCCAAAGACAGGGUUGCGAGAAAUGCGACAACACGGCCAAGAUCGUCGUCCAAUUCCCCUCCGGAACCCCCUCCGGACCCCCCUCCGGACGCGGCCCCCAAUCAUCCCCCGUCGCCAGCGGUUGUGAAUGGCAGGUCGACGGAACAGGCGAAACAGCAAACCACGCCCACCCGACAGAAUCUCGUAAGGACAAGCUCCGACGAGAAAAGACCAGCGUCCUUAUCGCCCACCCCGCAACGGCGCAAUUCUUGGUUCUCCAACAUCUCGUCCAAGUUCUCGUCUGGGGGCGGCGCCGUCUCCCAAAGCCCACCGCAGGCGAGCACCGCCUCGCCGAAGCUUGCCGAGUUCUCCGUGCCCAAGGUCACCCCGGCUAAGAACGCCGUCCUCCAACAUGCGUCGAAACACGAAGGCGAGGGCCCCUACACCCCGGCUCCGCCGCGCUCAUCGCAGACGGGCCUGUUCCAAGUCUUCCGUCGGCUCUCGUCCUCCAGCGGCACGCUCAGCCCCAACAUGAAAUCGCACAACCACGGGCUGGUGGAACGGCGCGUGCUGAAUGUCGAUCGCCACCGGGAGCGCUGCGCCAUCAAUGGGCUGAACCAGGCCAAGCUCCGGCGCGUGGCCUUCUGCGUCGACGUGGAGAUUGCACCCAUGCCGAAGUACGCGGAUGAGGUCGACGAGAAAGACCGGAGGGAUGUUCGGGCGAUCAAAGACCAAAAGAAGAAGAUCAAGGAGAGGGGCGAGGGCGAGGCUCUGAAGCACCCCAGGACGGCGGAGAGACAAAAGGAGGUGGGUGGUGAGACCAGGGCUACCGGCGAGGAGGUCCCCAAGGAGCCGCCAAAGGAGGGCGUCGAGACCAGCAGCGAGCCAAGGGCGAGCGUAGACAGCACGUCCGAGAAGAUCGCGGCGGCUGACAAGAAGAGGGAGAAGAAGAAGAAGAGCGAGGAAGAAAGGAAAGCCAGGAAAGAAAAGAGGCGGAAACAGGCCGAGGCCAACGGCACCAUACCCAUGGAGCUACACUACGACAGCGACUCGUCCUCCAGCGGCUCGGUCCCGCGCCCGGGUACGCCGAAAACGCAGACGGUGCCGACCACCAACCCGGUCAGGAUAUACCGCCGGUGCUGCCAGCUCAGGGAAACACCGAUUCUUCGGAAGAUUACGGAGCAGCUGAUGGACCCGGCCAAUUGCUCGACCGAGGUCGGCGUGGUGGAGAAGCUCGAUUUGAGCGGCUACUGGAUGCAGCUGACGGACCUCGUCACGCUCGGCGACUACUUGGCCGUCGUGCCCGUCAGGGAAGUCAUCCUGGAGAGCUGCGGCUUAACGGACGAGGGUCUCCGCGUGAUCCUCGCGGGGCUGCUCGCGGCCAAGAAGCCCAAGGGCAGGCGACGUAAGCACCCGCUCAAUGGGCCGGACGGCCUGACCGACCAGGGCGGCGUGGUCGAGCGGCUGGUUCUGAAGAACAACAAGAUCGGCCCGGAGGGGUGGAAGCACCUCUGUCUGUUCAUCUACCUCUGCCGGACGCUGAAGAGCCUGGACUUGUCAGGGAUCCAGUUCCCUCGACAAGCCGACCCGGCCGGCCCUGUGAACGGCAGCCCGACUCCGGCGGAGCGCCAGCCGCAGGGUCUGUGCCAGUUGCUAUCCAAGUCGCUUGGGGAAAGACUCGGCGGUUCUACGCUCAGCCUGCUGGGGCUGGGCCAGACGGGCCUCAACACCGAACAGUUGGGGUCCGUCAUCGACGGCGUGAUCCGGUGCGGCGUCAAGCGACUGAACCUCGCCAACAACCAUAUCGACUCUGAGGGUCUCGCCCACGUUGCGCGGUUUCUCAAGACCGACUUCUGCGAGGGGCUCGAUCUGGGCGGCAACGACCUGCGGGACGGGUUGGCUACGCUGGCUGAGGCCCUUUCGGCGGAGCGCUGCCCGCUGUGGGCGCUCAGUCUGGCCGACUGCAACCUUACGCCGUCGUCGCUUUGCAAGCUGCUGCCGACGCUGGCGAAGAUGAAGGAGUUCAGGUUCCUCGAUCUGUCGCAUAAUCACGAGCUGUUCAGCACGAAUCCCAGUGCGGUAUCCGUGCUGAGAAGAUACCUCCCCAAGAUGGCAUGCCUGAAGCGCAUCCACCUGGCCGACUGCGCUCUGAGUCCGGAGCAGGCCAUCGCCCUUGCCGAGAUCCUGCCCGAGAUCACCGGCCUUGCCCACAUCAGCUUCCUGGAGAACCCGCGGCUCGUGGAGCUAGCCACCAACGCCAAAACAGAGGAGGCGCAGGAGGAGGCCUGCGCACUGUUUGCGUCGCUGCUGGCCGCCGCGAGGGUGUCGGACAGCCUGGUCUGCGUCGACAUCGAGGUGCCCAGCGAGCAGUCGAGCGACCUGGUCAAGGCCAUGGCGAAGCAGGUCGUCGCCUACUGCCUGCGCAACAUGGAGCUGGCGGCCGUCACUGCAGCCGAGGGCCAGGCCGAGGUGCUCGCCAAGCCUGAUCUGGCCUACCCGCACGUGCUGCAGCGUCUGGUCGGGCGCGAUAUCAUGGUGUCCUCGGAUAUGGAUGCCGACGUUGACGCCGCGCCGGAUGAGGACUACGUGAUCGGCGGCACCGGCGUCGUCAGGGCGCUGACGUGCUGCCUCAAAAACCGCGGCGACGAGUCAAGGCGGCAGUCGGGCGAGUUCAUCCGCGACGUCGAGAACGGCGUGUCUCGGCCGCCGCGCGCCGUGCCGAGCGGAGGCAAGGCCAAGGAAACCUCCAAGCACCUGCUGCUGAGCGCCCGGAAGAUCAGGCUGCGGCUGCAGCCGGCGAUCGACAAAGCCAGGGCUGCCGGCAAAGAUUCACCGACGUACCACCGCCUCAUGUUCCUCGACAAUACCCUCGCCGGCAUCAUCAAGCGCUUUGAGGACGAGUUCCCCGACACGCGCGUCUCGGUCGACAGCGGCAUUGCCCUUCCCCCAGGCGAGGAGGGCCCGACCUCUUCCACCUCCCCCGAUACAGACCCCACCCACCGCACCGCCGCUGCCGCCGCCGGGCGCGACUCCCUCUCGGAGGACAACGAAGACGACUUGUCGCACAUCCGCGACGACGAAACAGCCAUCAAAUCGCCCUCCCUCUCGCGCUCCAACUCGCUCCUCUCCCUCAACUCCAAGGCGCUCGCCCACGAGGAGGCCCGCGUCCUCCGCGCCGGCCACAAGUUCCGCGCCGGCGACAUCGCCGCCCCCGGCUCGCCCACCAGCCCGGGUCGCCGCCACCACCAACAUGAUGGUGACGACAACGACAACGAGGACGACGCUGACGCAGGCGACCCCGGCCCGUCGGGCGUCGCCAUGGUCGGCGCCGACCCCGCGCACGCGCGCCUGCUGCACGAGCUGUUCGAGGAGGUCGCCGACGAGGAGCUCAAGCGCGAGGCGCGCGAGCGCGGCGUCGUCGCCGUGUUUGAGGCGCGCAAGGACGAGAUCCGCGAGCGCCUGCGCGCCGCCGAUCCCGUGCAUUGGGCGCGCUUUGUCGAGAGCCAGGAGAUGGCUAGGGCGAAUGCGAAUGUUAGGUAUCUAGGUUCAUAAACACCUGGUUGCACUGGUAUGAGGUGGAUGAUUUUUCUUGCUUGAGAGUUAGCGGCCGCAUUUGAGGUUUUUGCUCAAGUUUGAGGAGGGCGGGGUUGUGGGAAGGCAAAGAAAGCAGCGCCCAGCACCUCAACCCGCCGGUGGAUCGAGUCUCUGCUUAUCUACUUUGCUGAGCAAUGGGGCGUUCAGACCGAGACUAAGGGAUCUUGUGGCUUGGUGGAGGUGGGAGGGUAGGGGAGUUGGCCGUGCCGAGGAUAGGGGAUAGGGGAUAGCGUUUGUCUUCCAGGCCCCAUCAGAGGUCGUUGCUUUUCAACAAGUUUGAACCAGGCGCGAGAAGGUGAAGUUUCAUGGCGGCAAGACAAGAGGAAAAGCCCUUGAGCGCGGGUUGAGCGUCGUGGGAGGUGAAUACAUCACUCAAGUGCACUUUCGUUUGCUCUAACUCCCUUAGAUGGACAGGUUGACUUGCGUGUUAUCCAUCGUUGCAUUGUCCGGAGUUUGGACCCUGUGUCUAGGUUCUUCUACGUUCGGUCCUCCGCUGGGAACUCUGGUUUCUGUGCUUGAC